UACACCUUGGACCGGGUCUACGGCCCCGCCACGACGACUCACGACUUGUACCAGCAAUCGGUGCGGGAUCGGGUACACGCCGCGAUGGACGGGUUUCACGCCGCCGUCCUCGCCUACGGACAAACAUCCACGGGGAAAACACACACCAUGAGUGGAACGAGUGUCCAACCGGGGCUCAUCCCACUCUGUAUACAGGAAUGCUUUGCGUAUCUACAGGCUCAGAACACGCCGCGUGAAUACCUGCUGCGCGUAUCGUACUUGGAAGUGUACAAGGAACAUAUUCGGGAUUUACUGGCCACGUCCGCUACCGCUCCUCCCGUGCGUCUGUUUGAUAGUGUCGACGGACUCAUUAUCAAGGGUCUACGCGAAGAAGUCGUGACGACCCCGUCACAAGUUUUUCAAGUAUUGCAAAAGGGUGAAGCACGACGUCAGGUCGGCGCCACUCAUCUCAAUCAACAUUCCUCCCGAUCCCACGUUAUGGUCCGAUUGUGGAUAGAAAGCCGGGGGAUGCAUGAAAAAAACGGCAGUAGCGGCAACGCCCCGACAACGCCAACCCGUCUGUCGUUGGUGGAUUUGGCCGGUUCCGAAUCGGUCCGACUCACCGGCAGUACGGAACGGCGCCAGGAAGGUCACUACAUCAACAAAUCUCUCAUGACCUUGGGCAAGGUCGUUUACGCUCUUUCCGAGGGCAUUCAUUCGCACGUCCCCUACCGCGAUUCCAAACUGACCCGGCUGUUGCAGCCCUCACUAGCCGGCAACGCACAAGUCGUACUCGUGUGCUGUAUUUCACCACUCGCCUCGCAUUUGGAAGAAUCCCACAACACGUUCAAAUUCGCCAAUCGAGCCAAAAAGAUUCCGCAGAAAGCAACCAUUCAAGAAACACUCGACGAAAAAACCUUGUUGCAAUCGUACCGGGAAGAAAUAGAAGAUCUGAAGCAGCAGUUGAACGAAGCACGACAA